GUGAAUAGCUACUAGCCACAAAUUCCCUCUUCAAGAAAAGAAAAGAUAACAACUGCAAAAAGAAGAGAAAAGAUGGCACUGCAGCUUCAACAUAUAUCUUCAUCACCAACUAAAUUCACCUCAGCUUCUCUGUUGCUACCAAAUUUUCAGACUUUGUCUGUCUCAAAGUUAAAAAAUGGAGGCAUUACAAGUGUAAAAAAUCUAAGACUAUCAUCAAGAAUCAGAAAAAGGAGAACUAUAUUGUCUACAAUAUCAGCUUCACUUUCACCUCUUGAUUUGACUGAAGACAACAUUAUCCAAGUCUUAGAAGAUGCAAAGGCUGAGUUGGCACAGCUUUUUGAUACUUCAGUUGGUAUAACAGGGAAAGCAGAACUUGCAGAAGUGGAUGGACCUUAUGUGAAGCUUAGACUAAGUGGCAAGUUUUGGCAUAAACGUUCUACUGUCGUUGCAAGACUUGGUAAUUACUUGAAGCAAAGAAUCCCUGAAAUCUUGGAGGUGGAUAUAGAAGAUGAUAAACAAUUAGAUGAUAGCCCAGCAAACUUUUGAGAGUCGGAGGGAGUUGAAGAGAAGCCUUUCAGUUCGUUCAAAGGCACUAAGGACGAGCCAUUACAGAUACAGAUGAAUCGAUGAUGAUGUCCGUUCAUAUCGUCUAAAAUCUCAUCAACCUCUCCGAGGGGUGAUGAAACGAGGCACUCAUUUUUAGGAUCCCUUUGUCAUUCAAAGCAAAAGAUACUAACAGUUGAGAACAAUUUCCCAAGCAUUAGUUCUUUAUCUUUUGAAAGCAAACAUUUAUUUUUUGAUGGUGCUUUUAGAAUAUUAAGAUUAAAAUCAUAUGAUGGACAAUGGAGGGAAUAUUACACCCCAAUUGGGAAGAGCAGAAAUGUUAAAAGGAA